CAGAUGAAAAUUCAGAUAAUUUCUUUCAUUCGGUAGUUUUUCAACAGAUUUUACUUUGCUGAAUCUGCUCACUAACUCGAGCUUUCAUUAUUUUUGGUCAUCUGUGGAAAGCAGAAGCUAAGUGUUGUUAAAAAUUUACUUAAACUAUACAAUUUCAAAAACGUUCUAUUCCUAAAAAAAUAAGUAAAAGUGUUUCAAAAAAUAAGUGAAGUUCAUAGGAGGAUCUAAAAUUCCACACACAUAGUUUUUGUCUACAAGAUGGCUUGAUAAUAAAACACAGAACUGGAGAGAAUAAGAAGCUCACUUUCACAUAAAAUUAACGUUAGUUCUUCGAAGAAAUAUAUAAAAUUGAUUAAUUGAAACAAAAGAAAGAAAACUUUGAAAAGAAAAGAGGAACAAUAAAAGUUUUAUAAUUUGAAGUGAAUAAGAAGAAUUAAAGCUGGGGUUAUUUGGUUAUGGAAAUAUUCUGAUGGCAGCAGUAGGCCCAACUAGACAAUCUCGGGUCUCUAUGAGUGUCUCUAUGUCACUUGUUCAAGGAGGUGCCGCCGGUGCUUCAACUGCUGGUACUGUCCUAACUGCUGCUGCUCCUUUCUAUCAAGCUCCAAAUAUCCCACAGGAUGUUCAACCUGAUCGACCUAUCGGAUAUGGAGCGUUUGGUGUUGUUUGGGCAGUCACAGAUCCCCGUGAUGGACGUCGGGUAGCUUUAAAGAAGCUUCCCAAUGUUUUUCAAUCAUUGGUAUCUUCAAAGAGAGUGUAUCGAGAAUUGAAAAUGUUAUGUUUCUUCAAGCAUGAAAACGUCCUUUCAGCUUUAGAUAUUUUACAACCUCCACACUUAGAUUUUUUUCAAGAAAUAUAUGUGAUAACAGAAUUGCUUCAGUCUGAUCUCCACAAAAUUAUUGUAUCCCCACAACAUCUUUCUGCUGAUCACAUUAAAGUAUUUCUUUAUCAAAUUCUACGUGGACUUAAAUAUUUGCAUUCAGCAAGAAUUUUACACCGUGACAUUAAACCGGGGAAUCUCUUGGUCAACAGUAAUUGUGUUCUAAAGAUAUGUGACUUUGGACUAGCUCGUGUUGAAGAACCUGACCAAUCAAAACAUAUGACUCAAGAAGUCGUGACUCAAUAUUAUCGUGCACCGGAAAUCUUAAUGGGAGCACGACAUUAUUCAGCGGCUGUUGAUGUAUGGUCGGUUGGGUGUAUUUUUGGAGAACUUUUAGGACGAAGAAUUUUGUUUCAAGCUCAAAGUCCUGUACAGCAGUUGGAACUCAUAACUGAAUUAUUGGGCACACCAUCGAUGGAAGACAUGAGACAUGCAUGUGAUGGAGCCAGAACUCAUAUGCUUCGUCGUGUACCAAAACAACCAUCAUUGUCAGCUUUGUAUACGCUAAGCUCUCAUGCAACACAUGAAGCUGUUCAUUUGCUUUGUCAAAUGCUUGUCUUUGAUCCGGAUAAAAGAAUAUCCGUUAUCGAUGCACUUGCUCAUCCUUAUCUCGAUGAAGGUCGAUUACGUUAUCAUUCGUGUAUGUGUAAAUGUUGUUAUACAACGUCUGGUGGCAUGAGACAAUAUACAGCAGAUUUCGAACCUGCUGCAGCGCAGCCAUUUGAUGAUCUUUGGGAACGAAAAUUAACAUCAGUGCAACAAGUUAAAGAGGAGAUGCACAAAUUUAUUGCCGAACAGUUACAAACAGGACGAGUUCCACUCUGUAUAAAUCCACAAUCUGCUGCUUUUAAAAGCUUUGCAAGACAAAAUUCAACAGUCGCGACACCAAGCGAGUUGCCACCAAGUCCAGUUCAAUGGUGAUGACAAUGAAUCGUUAGAGCCAACAAACAUGAAGAAUCUGAAGUUUAAGUUUAAACUCAUUAAUUUUUUCAGGCUUUAACAUAAACAAAAAACACUUGCGUGUUUAUAAAUAAACAAAAGAAAGAAACAAAAACUGCGAAAAUUAGAAAAGACUUUGGAAACGAAUAGAUUUUUUAUAUUUUAUUUAGAGUCAAUAUUAAUUUGCAGUCAUACUCGCAAAAGAAAUCUUAAUAAUUAAAUUCAGAAUGAAAAUCCUGGUUGACUUUCUUCUUCAUUUGAUUUUCAAAAAAUAUUAUUUUGCGAUUAUGGCUGUAAAAGUAUUUGCAAUAAAAUCUUUUGUCAAACAGAAAUGAGGAAGGCAACAAUAGAAAAAAAUGUAGACGAACAUAAAAAAAUAAUAAGAAUUGGUAGAAAAUAUUUAAGAAAGAUAAAACAGACUUUGAAAAAUAAUAUCGACUUGAGAAGUUUGAAAGAUAUCUACAAGUAAGAAGUGUGAACGUUUUAGUAACUAUUUUCAUAAAUGAAUGUUUAAGUGUAAUUAAAAUAAAAACACACAUAAAAAAAUAAAAAAAAUUAAACAAAAUAUAUGUGACAAAAUCAAGAAGAAAGAGAACUAGAAAAGACGCAAUUUGAUGAAGAAACAAAAUAACUGAAUCAUCUUAAAUGAUCAUAUGUAUCACUUUGACCUAUCAAAGUGAAGUUUGUGGCUUUAUGAAAAAGAGAAAAAAAAUAUAAUCUAAUUAACGCAUGUUUUUCCAAACUUCAGAAUCUAAACUUCAAAUCCCCCUUCAAACAUGGUAUGCAGGCUUUAAACAAAACGAUCGAAUAAUUCAGAAAGUGGAUUUUUUUAAUCAAGUAUUCAAUGUAGAAGAUAUUGAGAUUAAAGUUUAACAUGGUGGUAAAAGAAUUUUGUACAGAGAAUAAUAGUUAUGGUUUUACAAAACGCGUGUGUGUUCAUAUAAGUAUAUCCAAUAAAAGCAUCCAAGUUGGUUUUUUAUAUCAAAAUAAUAAAUUUGAUGUCUUCAUAGAGCAACUUUGCCAAGGCAAAACUUUACCUUUUGUGAGUUUACUAAAAUUGAAAUUCAUUUUCGGUAAUAAGAGAAAAUUUAUAAAUAAAUAUUUUAUUUUUCUACCAUGAAGUUUAGUAAAUGAUAACAAAAAGAAUAAUUUUGGAACGAAAUUGAUCUACGAUUUUCUUGACAUUCCUUCGUUUAAAUAUCAGAAUAAAAUUUUUUAGACAUUAACUUGUGUAUUCACAAAUUUAUUUUUAAAUAAGAGACUUACACUUUCUAAUUCUUUCAUUAUUUUAUGGUAUUUAAAUUUAAGAAUGAGAAAUCGAAUGUUUGAAGGUCCAAGAUUUUAGUGAUAGUCGAUUGUUAGAAAUUAAAUUCAUAAGAAAUGUAGUGUGUUGGAUUUACAACUUUUUUAACUGCCGCAAACUUUUGUUCAUCUCGAACUUCUCAUUAAAAAAUUUAAAUUCUAAAUUUGUCGAUUUAUUUUUGGAGUUUAAAAAUUUUACCGCAAAUUAGCGCACGAUAAUGCUGUGCACAAUUUGCACAGUUUUAAAACACCACAUUCAAAUUAGAUUUUUGUUUUAUUGAAAAUUGUAGGACGAAAAUUAUUUUUUAAGAUAUUUCUAGAUAAAAUUAAAUGAAAUUUUAAUGAUAGUAUUCUUUUUAAUCAAAUUUUCUUUUCUUCUCGAUAUUUCCUUUAGAAAUUGACUGAUUUUUUUUAAUUUAGAUCUCAAUUUAUAUAAAUUUUGUGGCUUCGAGGAAGCAUUCUUUUAUGAAUUGCUUAAAAUAUGUAUGUAAAUAUGAUUUACCACCUCUUCUAAUGCGACGCUUUUGUUUUGGUAUUUUCAACGUACAAGGAACUAAUUGCAAAACAAUUCAAAACUUACAAACGAAAUAUUUCUUUUCACCCUCCCUCAAAACAUUUUUUUAAUGAGUAAAACGUAUUAAUUCAUCUAUCAAGUCUUUAGCACGGGUCACAAUCAAACCGAAGGGAAUAUAAAUAUAUAUAUAUAAAGAUACAUAUGUAAUAAUUAACUGGUUUAUCAAGCAGAUUACAUACAUGCAUGAUCCUCUGAUCAUUUUAUUCAUAUGAAUACCAUGUGAUGCACCUCAACAUAACAUAAAUACGAUCAUGCAUAACACAUAUGUAAGUAACACGAACCACCUUGUUAUUAAACAUUCAAAUUUAAUUACAAUGGUUAAACUAUUGUACCAAAUAAAAACAAAAUCGUCACAUUUAGAUAAUAAGUAAGAAAAGUGAUAAGUUUUUAAAGAUAACAAUUGAAGAAGAAAAUGUAAAAAUAAUAAAAAAAACUGAUUAAUUUAGUGGUACUUUGUGUCUCAGUGUCAGCUUUCAUUCUUCCUGUCUGAUAUUUAACGUAAGAUUUGAAGUUUAUGUUUUCUAUAAUAAUUCAGUCCUUCAUAACCCUAGAGAAUGUGUGAAUUUCACAAGAAAAUAAUAAUGGAUUGUAUAUAACUAUACAUAGAAAAUAUUUGAUCACGAAGGAAAGAAAAAAUCAUUUGAAAGAAUCACACAAAUUUUGUAAGAACAACUGAAAUGUAAAACUGUUUUUAAAAACAAAAGAAAUAAAGGAUCUUGAAUUGAUUGAACAGAA